UGUUACGGCCGAAAAUUCAUGACAGGAUACCUGUCAUCAGUGGGGGUAAGGGCAGGAGAAUCUCGAGUGGGAAGAAUUCUCAAAGAGGUACACCAGCCGUAUAAUGAGCUGCGUCGCCAAGGAGCACGUAAUCUGAAUCCAGUUCCUUACCACGCCGAGUAUAUGGGCCACAAACUCCACCUAGACCAGAAUGAGAAGCUGGCAAUGUUUGGAGUGACGCACGUCUUGGCUAUUGAUGGAUUCAGCAGCAAAAUUGUUGCUGAAUCCACAAUGCCAGUGAAAAACAACCUUAUUAUUUAUGAGGAAGUUUACAGGAAAGCAGUUGUCCAAAACGGCAUGUGGGACCAAAUCAGAGUGGAUCAUGGCAGGGAGUUUUACUUGACCCUGUACAUGCAAGAAAAGAUGUCUCAACACAGACAUAACAUCAACAGGCUACCAUAUGUACAAACAACUUCUUCAAGGAACCUUCGUGUGGAAAGAAUUUGGCCAGAGGUCAACAAUCGAGUGAACUAUCCACUAAAACAGGCCCUGGUUCACCUGCUGGAUCAAGAGCUGCUCGACAUGCAGGAUAAUGUAACCAAAUUUUGUGUCUCCAACCUGGCAUGUCAAGUGAGUCAGAUUGGACUUGCCAGGGUUGUGCAGUCCUGGAAUGCCCAUAGGAUACCAGGCAGAGGGAUACCAAACCAACUUGCAGCUGAUUGUUGUCCAGCAAGAAUUCCCACAGAGCUGCUGCCCAAUGCUGCAGAGGCAGCACACAUGUAUGAGCAGGAGUUGGGGUCCUCCCUGACUUGGGUGUCUGCCUUUGGCUCUGACCCAUUUUCAUCAGAGCAAGACCGAUGUCGUGCUGAGCAGCUGUUUGGAGAGAGGUUUCCAGACAUGUCUCUUCUUUUUGGAAAAGUGGUUAACAAUGACCAUAGUGUGUUUCAGGAGGCACUGAUCUAUCUGAUCAAUAUUACUAAUAGACAUGCAAGGUAAAUACAGUUGGGGGUGUCGCAAACUAGGCCAAUGGUAGAC